UUCCAAGGAACUACGCUGCCCAUUUAUAAGCGUCGUUCCUGCAAUCCAUUGCUAGUUAACUAACGUACUCCAACGAGUGCAGAUUGUAAGGAGAAGUUUUGUGAUAGUAUUAUAGAAAGUCCUAAAUUACCAUGUCUUUGGAACGUGCAGUUCGUGCCAAGAUUGCGCUCAAGCGCAACCCUGAGAUGGACAAGGAAGCCCAAGAAUGGAUUGAAACCAUCAUUGGCGAAAAAUUCCCCGCUGGAGUGGCCUACGAAGAUCACAUCAAGGACGGUAUCAUCCUCUGUAAAUUGAUCAACAAAUUGGCUCCAGGAUCUGUGGCGAAAAUCAACGAAUCUGGCGGUCAGUUCAAGAUGAUGGAAAACAUCAACAACUUCCAAAAAGCUAUCCAAGCCUACGGCGUAGCUGAAAUCGAUGUCUUCCAAACAGUCGAUUUGUGGGAGAAAAAGGACAUUUCUCAAGUUACUAACACAAUCUUCGCCCUAGGACGUGCGACCUACAAACACCCUGAAUGGAAUGGACCAUACUUGGGACCCAAGCCAGCUGAUGAGUGCAAGCGCGAAUUCACAGAAGAGCAGUUGGCCGCUGGAAAGACCGUCAUCGGUCUCCAGGCUGGAUCCAACAAGGGUGCAACACAAGCUGGCCAGAAUAUUGGUGCAGGCCGCAAAAUCUUGCUCGGAAAGUGAAAGCCUAAUUGGAAUUUCCACUUCGCACCGAAGGAGUCAACACCAAUUUUCUUGAAAAUGUAAAGAAUAUAAAAGUUAUUUUUAUAUUUAUAUUUAAGGGUCGCUUUUUUUUAUCAUACGUCUUUAUAAACACCAAUUCCCAAGUUUUAUAAUCAAAUAGAUUUAACUUAUCCAAAACAUA